CCAAUAUCACUUCCGCUCUGCUUCACUCCAGCAUUGCCACCUGUAACAGCGAUGCCCCCGGACCUCAAUUCUCUCCCACCAUCUCGCUCCACGUCUUUAUCUCCCUUCCAAACUCGAACCAUGCAGUCUUCCUCUGAGGAUAGCGGUUCCCAAUCGCCACCUCCCCGCUCGUCAUCCGUGUCUCUUCAAGCUGCCGCGACUAUGAAUGCCGCGGAUCUCUCCCACCGCUCUUCAACAAGAUCACCACAAGCAAACAGAGCUGCAGAGCGCCGUCGUUCAGCCGUUGCCAUGAAUUUGAACCUCAAUGAUCCCACCAUACCCGGCCCGGGCGAACUAUCAAGUAGCGACCAUAGGUCCUCGCUCAGAGACUCGUUGACUCAUAGCCCGAUGAACCUGGGAAGCCCUAUGGUUGCUACUGGCGAUCCUCAUCAUCACCAUCGAACUCCUUCGCUGGGACAGAUUCAUCAAGAGCUCGAGCAGGAGCAGGAGGCCCAAGUGAACCGCCUUCUUCUGAUGAUCCGUAACCAGCAAGCUCAGCUCCAGCAGAUGCAACAGAUGCAGCAACAGCAGAACUCUGGUAGCGGGUCGACCGCCGUUGAAGACUCGACUCCCACGUCAGAGCGAUCCAUAUCAUUUUCGUCGGUCCCACCACUCCCACAGCCGAUUCCGCACCAUCACCGUCGAAGAUCGUCACUUCACCAUCAUGCGAGUCACUCGUCAAGACGGGAUUCCACCAACACCACUGCAUCAUCGGUGCCAAACCCGCCGGGAUUUCAACCGGAUUUUAGCCUCACGGGCCCAGAGUGGGUUGCCCUGGGAGGCGAUGGAGCUGGACGACGAUGCAGCCGCGACGAGAGUGCGUUUUACCAAGCAGAAACAGCAAACUUGACGCGGGAGAAUCAAAUGCUGCGUCUGAGAAUCAGGGAACUAGAACGACAAGUCAGCGAAUUGACCGCAUCGCCUCCACACAUGCCAGUUGCACCCUCGAACUUGACGUCGUCCACAUCCGCUGAAUCAGUCCCGGCUACGCCAAGUGUAUCGGAGAGUGAACCGCCUCUAGCCUCUCAGCCAAGCUCCAGAGAAAUCGGAAAGGAAUGA